CUGAACUGGUCUAGCGAUGCGCACAGAGAGCCAAACCUGAAACCGCCCUUUGAGAGGGAGAAGGGAUUCUUGAGCUCCGUGCAUUCAGUUCUCCCGUGGCCGAUUGGAUUGACAGAAUAGGUUAGGAUGCCCCUUGGAGAUCUAGAGGACGGGAAUGGAUGGAAAAAGAAGACGUCAGACAUCAAAGAAAACUAUGACUUCAAAGAAGUUCUGGGAACGGGGGCGUUCUCGGAGGUGGUGCUAGCGGAGGAAAAGGGGACACAGAGGCUGGUAGCCAUCAAGUGUAUCCCAAAGAAGGCUCUGGAGGGCAAGGAGAACAACAUUGAGAAUGAGAUCGCUGUGCUGCACAGAAUCAAGCACACCAACAUUGUUUCACUGAAGGACAUCUUUGAGAGCACAUCCCACCUGUAUCUGGUCAUGCAGCUGGUGUCUGGAGGGGAGCUAUUUGACCGCAUCGUAGAGAAGGGUUUCUACACAGAGAGAGACGCCAGCCAACUCAUCCACCAGAUCCUGGACGCUGUCAAAUACCUCCAUGGCAUGGGCAUCGUACACAGGGACCUGAAGCCAGAGAAUCUGUUGUAUUACAGUAUGGACGAGGACUCUAAGAUAAUGAUCAGUGACUUUGGCAUGUCUAAGAUCGAGGACACUGGCAGUGUCAUGUCUACAGCCUGUGGGACCCCAGGAUAUGUGGCUCCUGAGGUGUUGGCUCAGAAACCGUACAGCAAAGCAGUAGACUGCUGGUCCAUCGGAGUCAUCUCCUAUAUUCUAUUAUGCGGAUACCCUCCGUUUUACGACGAGAACGAUGCUAAGCUUUUUGAGCAGAUACUGAAGGCAGAGUAUGAGUUUGACUCUCCGUACUGGGAUGACAUCUCCGAUUCAGCUAAGGAUUUUAUCUGUCACCUGAUGGAAAAAGACUUUAUGAAGAGAUAUACCACAGAUAAAGCACUCCAACACCCCUGGACCUAUGGAGACACAGCUCUUGAUAAGAACAUCCAUGAAUCUGUCAGUGCUCAGAUCAAGAAGAACUUUGCUAAAAGUAAAUGGAAGCAAGCAUUCAAUGCCACAGCAGUGGUGAGACACAUGCGGAGGCUGCAGCUGGGUACCAGUCUAGAGAGCCCCAGCCAGAUCACCCCCACAAGCCCCUAUCAUGCCCACGCACUCCUGCUGCGGGAGGAGGACAAGGAGGAGGAGGGACCGGGGAAAGAGGAGGAGGAGAGCUGUAAGUGAGACAAACACUGAGCUUGUCCCCCCCACUCAGCCAGCCAUAUCUCUGUCUCGCUUUCUGAGCACGUAGCCUACAAUACUGUUGAGCCUCUGAGCACGUACAGUGGUGUGUACAGUACUCUAGUAGUACAACACUCUAGUACAGCACUGUGGAGUACCGUCCCUGUCAUCUCCUCUCCCCUCCUCUCCAGUGCCAUACUGUGAGGAUGAGCAGCAGAGCGGUAGUGCAGAGGGCAGGUCCUACCGGGACAGUCUGACGAGUUGCACCUACUGCUGCAGGCCAGCCAGUCACGUCUGAGUGGCCACAGACCCCUCCCCUUUGUCGACAUGGGGAUACGUAUGUUUCCAUGGAGCCACCCAGGACCCGCCCUGUCCGCCUGGUCUGGCCAUGAAUGCAGAGUGAUGUUAUGACAGGCUGUGUCCAGUAGAGUAGGGUGGUGAUGAGUCAGCCAGCAGCCAUGUCCAGAGCCACCUUCUAGCUCCAGAUGCUUGCCCAGAAUAAACCAUCUACAGUUCCUUUUAGAGGGGAGUUUUGGAUGCAGGUAUUACUUUGUUAAAUUCAAUGUCCACAAACACUGAUGUUUGUGUAGAGUAUGCGGUAACACUUUACUUGACACCCAGCAUCAUAACACAUUACGACACAGUCAUAACCAUGUCAUAAUAUGUCAUACCAGCUGACAUAACUUGUCAUAACCUGUCAUAAUAUGGUCAUAACACUGUCAUAACACAUAUAUUUAAACCUGUUGUGACAUACAUGGCAUUAUUUUAUGGCUCUACAUAAGAGUGUCAAAACCCACAUUUAUUCAAAUGUGUUUUUCACUGCCAAGAAGUUUCCUUUCGUUUUAAAGUCCUUUGUUGUUGUUGUGAAUUCUUUACAGACAUUUUUUUCAUCAUAUUUUAAAUAACUUGCAGACACUGUCAUGAAGCUUCAUGACUAUCCUAUGUCACUUUACUUGGACUAAGAAAAUUCACUUUAUGACACUGUCAAGAAGCAUUAUGACCAUCAUAAUCAUAUAAGCCAGAUAGGCCUAUCACGUACAUACCCUUAUGUCAGUAAUCAGUCACAAAGAGGGUCCCUUGUCCUGCUCCUGAAAUCUGCUCCUGCACUUAUCCCAGUCAUCAGCAACCUAGCAUUGACGUAGGUACAUGUCUGACAUCAAUUUGUGCUCAAUUACUGUACAAUGAUAAUUUAAUAUGGUCAGUUUCAUAAAAUGGUAUAUAACAAACAUAUUAUUGAGAAGUAGGUUAUGGUGUAACGGAAUGUUUUGCCUUGUGUGGUAGGUUUUGUGGGUUUUGACAUUUUUAUGUAGGUGUCAUAACCAGUAAAAAAUGAUGCAAUAUUUGUCACAACAGGUCUAAAUAUGUGUCAUGACAAUGUUAUGACCAUAUUAUGACAGGUUAAGACAAGUUAUGUCAGCUGUUAUGACAUACUACCCACCAGCAUCACUACUCUGGAUGGUUCUGACCUAGAAUAUGUGGACAACUACAAAUACCUAGGUGUCUGGCUAGACUGUAAACAAUCCUUUCAGACUCACAUUAAACAUCUCCAAUUCAAAAUUAAAUCUAGAAUCGACUUCCUAUUUCGCAACAAAGCCUCCUUCACUCAUUCUGCCAACAUACCCUCGUAAAACUGACUAUCCUACCGAUCCUCGACCUCUAUGCGCUCAUUGGCUGGCCCUCGCUUCAUAUCCGUCACCAAACCCACUGGCUCCAAGCCAUCUAUAAGUCGUUGCUAGGUAAAGCCCUGCCUUGUUUCAGCUCACUGGUCACCAUAGCAGCACCCAUCCGCAGCAUGUGCUCCAGCAGGUAUAUUUCACUGGUCAAACCCAAAGCCAAUUCCUCCUUCGGCCGCCUUUCCUUCCAGUUCUCUGCUGCCAAUGACUGGAACGAAUUGCAAAAAUCACUGAAGCUGGAGACUCAUAUCUCCCUCACUAGCUUUAAGCACCAGCUGUCAGAGCAGCUCACAGAUCACUGCACCUGUACAUAGCCAAUCUGUAAAUAGCCCAUCCAACUACCUCAUCAACAUAUUGUUAUUUAUUUGAUUUAUUUUGCUCCUUUGCACCCCAGGGGCCUGUUGCACAAAACUAGGAUAAGGGAUUAAGCCAGGAUAUCUUGGUGAUCCUGGCUCAAUUGAUCCGUAAUCCGGUUGCACUAAAGAUGGAUAGGGGGCAGGAGGAUAUGUUAUGGUAUAAAUUACCAUGGAGAUUUAUUCUGUGGAGCUAGCCUGCUCCAGACCAGGCUAAAUUCCAGGAUCUAUUUAAUCUCAUCCCUAAUGUCAGUCAGCAGUCACCACAAAUGGAAACCAAUAGUUAUUUCACUGCUCACUAUACAUUGUUAUCACAUAUAACUAGACCCACUGUUAUUUAAACGUUUGUGAUCAUUCAUUUCAAUGAUUUUGGAUAAAAAAUGAUUUUUAGAUGAUGUUGCUAUCAUUAGAUAAUUUACAGUUUCCCAUAGAAUAUUAGGGCCACAGAGGGGAAAAAAACACAAGUCAUAAUAUUGUAACCAGUUGUUUUAAAGGAGGACAGUUGUUAAAAUGACAGAUGUGGGGCAUUUCGUGAAAUUGUACUUCAGUAUGGUUUCAUAAACAAAGACAUGCUGAUGUGCCAGAAUAUUAAGUAUCACAUUGUCAUAAGUA